UACCACCUAGUGAAUCUUGUGUUCAGUUUCUGUAUUUUCUAUUGUAGCCGUUAUAGUCGGAUUUUUAGCGGGUUAUAAAGUUAUUUUAUCCCUAAACAUACUGAUCCUAGUACUAUUACAUUAAAUGUGACCAUGUUUCAGAUAGAAUAAUACCAUUGUCCGUGCUGACAUGAAGAGUGAUGUUUGAAUAAUGAGACGAAGUAAACUCCAAUCCCAGGUUCUAGGUUUAUAUAAACUAUGCAUGCGAGCUGCUGAAGCUAAACCUGGUUUUAAAGUGAAUGUGCAGAGUGAGUUCAGAAGAUACGCUGCUCUCCCUAGAACUGAUACUCUCCGGGUAGAGCAGUUGAUUAGGAACGGAUACAGGAAACUGGAUAUGAUGAAGGAUCCAAAUGUAUCUGGGAUGGGAAACUUUGUUGAAGAAAAGAAGAAAUAGUAAAAUAAGUUGUCAUGUCGUUUUCUCUUGAACUUGAUGAUUAUUAAGAAACUGAAGAAAUGUCA